CGGAAGUGUUUUGAAACAUUGUAGCAGGUUGACACAGCAAGCGCGCGUUUGCGGUGCGUUCGCUUCUGUUUCUGUGUCGCGCGGAUUAUGAGAGCGCGGGAAGGAGGUGCUGAGGGCCGCGUGAGCUGAGUCACCGUGAAUCAUCUAUAUGGGCCAUCUUCUCUCAAAAAAUGGUUACGGCCUGAAGAAGAAAACACGGAAGCUGCGCAAGAAGAAGAGGAGGAGGAACUGCUUCCUUCAGGGUCCCUGCAUGCUGUGCUUCAUCGUCCACGGCACCAGCGGGAGCGUUGAGGACGAUUGGCCCUUUGAGAGUGCGGCGGCAGCGGCGUCCAGACUCGCCGAGCGCUACGUGUCAUUGAACUCACCCGAGGAGUGCGCCAAGUUCCUCCUCUCUCCGGGAGAGCUGGCCAUUUGGGAGGGCCAGGGUCGGAGCCUGCUGUCCGCUUUGCCGGCCAAGCUGAUCGGGCCCCCGGCGCUGUUCUGUGCCGUCGUCCCUGCCGCAGACUAUUCGGAAAUGGUGUGCAAGCGCAAGUGUGCUGAGCUGCAGCGGUGUACGCCCCGCAAGCAGCAACGCUGUGCCUUCCAGGAGGCCAUGGAGAACGGAGAAGAGCGAGGAGACGCCUCCGCUCCGGACAGCCAGUGCCUCCUUCCUUCGCUCUGCCCGCUGCCUUCGUCCUCCUCUUCUUCCUCUCCUUCAGAGGAGGACGGCUCCAGCGCGGGGCGGUGUACAGACACGGGCAGCGCCGCGACCUCUUCCUCCUCCUCCACCUCCUCCUCCUGCUGCUGUCAGCUGUCCCAAAACGAGAGCUCGGAGGAGACAAAGAGCGCUGAAAAUACAGACACAUCCCACAUUAACCAGCUGCCCUCAUCUAUACUGCUCAAGGUGUUUUCUCACCUGUCGGUGAAGGAGAGAUGUCUGGGUGCGUCUCUGGUCUGUAAGUACUGGCGCGAUCUCUGCUUAGACUUCCAGUUCUGGAAACAGAUUGAUCUCAGCGGCCUCCAGCAGGUUAAAGACGAUCUCCUGGUGAAGAUCGCAUCCCGGAGGCAGAACGUCACUGAGAUCAACAUCUCAGACUGCCGUAAUGUUCAGGAUCACGGUGUUUGCUCCUUGGCGUCCAACUGUCCCGGUCUGGUCAAAUACACGGCAUACCGCUGUAAGCAGCUCAGCGACGUGUCUCUGUGCACCGUCGCCGUCCACUGCCCGCUCCUGCAGAAAGUUCACGUCGGGAACCAAGACAAACUCACCGACAACGCUCUCAAACUGUUGGGCGAACACUGCAAAGAGCUGAAGGAUGUGCAUUUCGGCCAGUGCUACAGCAUCAGUGACGAGGGUCUGGUGUUGCUGGCACAGGGAUGCAGCAAACUACAGCGGAUCUACAUGCAGGAGAACAAACUGGUGACGGAUAAAUCGGUGCAGGCGUUUGCAGAGAACUGUCCCGAUCUGCAGUUUGUGGGCUUCAUGGGCUGUUCAGUCACGUCUCAGGGCGUCAUUCACCUCACCCGGCUUCAGCACCUGAGCAGUCUGGACCUGCGGCACAUCUCUGAGCUCAACAACGAGACCGUCAUGGAGGUGGUUAGAAAGUGCCGGAACCUGACGUCCCUCAACCUCUGCCUCAACUGGACCAUCAACGACAGGUGUGUGGAGAUCAUCGCUAAAGAGGGUCGGAGUCUGAAGGAACUCUAUCUGGUGUCCUGCAAGAUCACCGAUCACGCUCUGAUCGCCAUCGGUCAGUACAGCAGCACCAUCGAGACGGUGGACGCCGGCUGGUGUAAGGAGAUCACGGAUCAGGGCGCCACUCAGAUCGCCAAGAGCAGCAAGUCUCUGCGCUACCUGGGCCUGAUGCGCUGUGACAAGGUGAACGAGGAGACCGUGGAGAGACUGGUGCUGCAAUAUCCACACAUUGUGUUCAGUACGGUGAUGCAGGACUGUAAGCGAACGCUGGAACGAGCCUAUCAGAUGGGCUGGAGUCCCAACACAUCCACGGCCUCCUAACACACACAUCUGCACGUGACGCCACUGCGGAAUCAUUAUCAUUACUAUGCCGUUUAUUCCGCCUUCCAACAUUAUGCAGCAGAAACAUCGAUAUUAUUUGAUUCGAACAGGAAUAUGUUCAUGCACACACGAUUCUGACAUGCAGCAUUGCAUUUAUUUGCAUUUGCAACCUACUGAGUCGCACUAAACCCGUCAGGAGCUUAUAUAUUGCUCUAAAAACGGAGAGGAAGACGUAAGACAUUGUGUUUUACAUUUUGCAUGAGGGAAAAAAGUUUUUGGACCACAGGAUUUUUGCAUCGUGACAUUUCCCUGCAGUUCUCAUUAUCGUGGAUCAUCUGGACGUUUGUCUUUUUGUGAUUUGUUUGUUAUUCUCAUUAUCGGCAGACGUGAUUUUCAUUAGAUUCUCAUUACGGAAACACACUCAUUUUACUGCAGUACAAGGGAGAUUUUUAAAUAAAAAUCAGCAUGAAUUUAAUCCAGUACAGAUGCAACUAUUAUGUAGAAAUACUUCAAAUUAAAUAGCAUUAUUAUUACUUUGCAAAAGUGCUCAGUAUUUUUGUCAUUUUCCAGUACAAAUAUCUAAACAUUAUUAAAUCAAGAUAGAUUUACUUGAGAACUGAAAUGACUUAGGAUACUAAAAAAAAAAAAAUCAUGUCAAAUUUAUCUUCAAAAUUAAGUUUGUUUACACUUAAAACAAUUGUUAUUAUUUUUAGCAUAAAGUCACUUCAUUUUGAUGAAUUGUUCAGAAAUGUAUACUUUUUAAUUGUAGUGAAUGUACCUUGAUUUAUGACUGUUUAGAUAUUUGAACUGGAAAACAAGACAAAAGUACUUGAACAAAUAUUUUUGCAUUGGAUUUGCAUUGCAGUAAUGAACUUUUAAGGGUAAAUGUUUAUUUAAUUAAUAUUCGAAUAAUUUUGCAAUGCAAAAAAACCUAAUGUUCCAAAAAUAGGCUUGGUUUUCUUCAUGCAAAAAAAAAAAACACUUGGGGUGAAUUUUAACGUUCCUGACUGGUUUCAUGCAAUUCUCCUCUUUAGUCUUCAGUUUAUCAGUAGUUUCUUUUGCAUCAGAAUUCAUUUAGACACGUUACACUUUCAUUAGAGAUUUCACAGCCUCGUCGUUUCCCUCUUCGGCGAACGCUUAGAAGUACGAAGCGAAAUACUGUUUGUCCGACUGGGCGUCAUGUUAAAGUCCUGCUAGUCGCAGGCUGAAGCGAACGCUCUGUUUUUCCGAGUGUUUGAGCAGCUCUGAUGGUGUAUGUGAUGUAGAUGUAGAUGUGAAGACGCAGGACUUGUGUUGUUGAUUUCGUUUGCUCUUGUGAAUUUGUAACCCUGUGGUUUGGAGUUUGUUUUGGAUGUAAACUGAUAUAUGGGGUUGUUCUGUUAUUUUUUUCGAGGUAUAGCCACCAUAUGGAUUUUUGCAUAACCUAUGAAUAUUUGAGGAUGUAUUGACCUGGAGUGUAAGUGAGUUUGCAGAGGUUAGUUACUUUACUCAUUUACCCGUCUUCUGCUCCAUAGCUUGCCUCAUUCAGACGAGCAGGGUAUUUUUCUAUGGUGUCGUAGGAGGAAGAGUUUAGUUACAGCCUUGAUCUUUUACUGUACUGGGGGAUUUGAGUCAAUUAAAAAACACAAAUCUA